AUGAAUACUGUAGAUGAUAAGUUAUUUCUUCCUGAAUACAUGAAAGUGCUAGAUCAAGAUCUAAAAUCAUUCAUUAAUGUAAUAUAUCCUAAUAUUCAUGUGAUAGAAACAUCAAUGAACACUGAUAAUACACUAAUUGAAAAGGGUGUUGACAAUAAUAAUAUUUAUCCUGUCGAAUUUCUCAAUAUACUCAAUCCUAAUGGAAUGCCACCUGUAAAACUUAACCUCAAAAUAGUUUCCUAUUAUAUUGCCUUUGUGAUGACUAUUAAUAAGUCACAAGGACAAUCAAUAAAGCAUGUUGGUUUAGACCUCCAUAUACCUGUAUUCUCAUAUAAACAACUUUACGUUGCUCUUUCAUGUAGCACUGCUCCAUAUUCUAUAAAAGUUCUUUUUCCUAAAGAUAACACCAACAAUAUGUAA